AUGCUACUAGAGGCAAGCAGUUGUGAUGGAGACAAGGAAUUUCUUUUGUUUCUGCUCAUUACCUGCAAGGAAAGAGAAAACCAUAUCCGCAUGACAGUUACUUUGAACAAAUUGUACGGCUCUAUAGUUUGUCAGAUUUUCGACGUCCCUUUCAGAUGUUUCGCACAACAGUCACUUUUUUGGAAGGCUUGCUAGCUGCUUGCCCAGAUCUUCCCUAGGGACAAAAGAAUGGUGGAAGACCUAUCAUUGACUUACAGAAGCAAGUUUUAAUUACAUUAAGGAUACUUGGGAACCCUGAAUGCCUGAGGUCAGUAGCAGACAGAUUUAACAUUACAAAAUCAAGUGCAUUUCAUGUUUGUUGCAGAGUAUGUGGAGCGAUUGCCAACAAUCUGUCUGGUCAGUUUAUCAAGUUUCCUUCAGGUCAAUGAGCAAGAGAAGUGGAACAACGAUUUGAGGAAAAAUGGGGAUUUCCUGGUGUUUUAGGUGCUAUCGAUAGAUGUCAUAUUCUAGUCAAAGGACCACGAAAAAACCUAAAACAGUACAUAAAUCAUAAGGGGUUUCACUCGCCGCAGUUACAGGUAAUUUGCGAUGCGGACAUGCUAUUCGCUGAUGUGUUUUGUGGUUAUCCUGCUUCUGCACAUGAUGCCAUAGUCUUCAGAAAUUCACCCUUUUUCCAAGAUGCUGAAGCAAAUCCCGAUGUCGUAUUUCCAAGAAAUAUCCAUCUGAUUGGUGACUCUGCAUACCCUUUAAAGGUGUGGGUGCUCACCCCUUUUCGAGAAAAUGGGCGUCUCACCAGGAGACAAAGAUGAUAUAAUUUCGUUCACAGCUUGACAAGAAUGAUUGUAAAAAGAUCCCUCAGUCUCUUAUAA